CGAGAAGCCCGCUUGCUUUCCGAGAAGCGCCCCCCGCUUUCGUAGGAGACCGCCGCCCUCGCGCCACCCCCUUCUUGCUUGCCGCCAGCAGACCGUGAGAUCUGGGACGAGAAGGGCGGUUUGAUCAAGAAGGGUGCGGCGGAGAUCGCGGAGCGCGACUCGGACCACGUGCCCGAGGUGAAGAUUCUCACGACGCUGGGAAUGUUCGCGGUCCCAGUGACCGCGGAGACCACGAUCGGCGAGGUUCGGCAGAAAGUUCAGGAGUGGAAGCCCGAGUACUCCCUCGAGCAAAUCGAGCUCGUGUGUAAGGACAAGGACGCUUGGGGACCGCUGUUCAACAAGACGUCGCGGCCGCGUGAUGACGACGAGACGGUGGAGUCGUUGUGGAGCGAUUGGGAUAUCCCCCGUCGCAUGAUGCAAGUGGCUCUGUGGAUCAAGGAGAAGAACGAGGAGACGGGCGAGUGGGAGAGCACCUUCUGGAAGAUGCUCGAGGAGUCUAAGUGUGACGACUGGAGCUUCCAGGGGCAUACAAUAUGAGGGCGUUGUGGCAUAGUCCCUUCGAAUAAGAGCGGCAUGUUGCGUCAUUGCUCAGACCAGGUUUCUAGUGCACGGGUGAGUUUGUUUAGUGCCCGUCUGAAGCACGCGCCCAUUGCCAACAAUCAGAGGUGAUCCCUGUGGCGGUCCAAAAGAAAAAUGGAAAAAUGGAA